AUGGUCAUAAAAAAAUCAUCACUAAUCUGGUUACUUGAACAACACCGGGCAAGAGUUAAUAGUGAUUGUUUGCUUCGUUUUUUUAACUCUCGUUGUGACCAAGGUGCUCAACAAAUAAAUAAAAUAAAAUGUAAUCAAACAAAAUGUUCAACUCAGUCAGAUAUUGAAGUCAACACAGAUAGUUCUGAAGAAAGUGAUAUCCAAUCAGAAUCGACUCCACCAAUAAGCCCGUAUCAAUCUGAUGACAGCAAUGAAGAGGAUAAAGAUACACAACAAAUCCAAUUAAAAAUUGAAAUUUAUUAUGCCAUUAGAUAUGAUAUUAAUUGGUACAUUGGUAGGUUAUUAAACAUUAAAAAUGACCUAGGUAUGCAAGAUAAAAUUUUUAAAAUCCAAUCUUGA